AUGGUGUUUCACCUCCAGCUGACGGAUGCCCCUGCAUCAAAGGGUUUCAGAUGUUGCAAAAUUAUAGCUUGUACUAGUUCCGUCAAGUUGGAAGGAUCUUUGGCGGAGGGCCUUGGCCGUUUUCUAAAGUACCGUGUUUCUCAAGGCCAGAUUUCUGGCUGGCGGUGGGGUCAUGGGUUACCUCAUAUCUCUCAUCUUCAGUUUGUGGAUGAUACUGUUCUUAUGGGCUUGGCACGACUUGGGGAAGCUGUAUCUUUUAGAGGAGCUUUAGAUACUUAUCUUGCUGCUUUGGGUCAGAAAGUCAAUGAUCAUAAAUUUUCUAUUUUCUUCUUCAAUACUCCUCAUGCCAUUCAGAGGCGUGUGGCUGAUAUUCUUGAUUUUCAGAUUGGAUCCCUUCCUGUGGUUUAUCUUGGCAUUCCCAUUACUGUUUGUCGGCAGCCCAGAACUUCUUGGUGGAUUUUACUUGACAAGCCGCGCCAGAAAAUCCAACACUGGACUCACCCCUGGUUAUCUACAGCUGCUCGCCUGACUCUUCUUAAGUCGGUGAUUCAAACUCUUCCCAUCUAUAGAUGUUUUAUUCAAGCGGCUCCCAUGUACUUUCUCCAGGAAUUUGAUGCCCUUUCACGUCAGUUCCUUUGGAGUGGCAACUUGUCUACUUCGAAAUGGAGUCUUCUUAAAUGGGAAACGGUCUGCAGACCUAAGGCUGAAGGUGGGCUUGGGUUACGAUUAACAAUUUUGAAUGGGAAAGUCCUUGCUGCCAAUUUAUUUUGGCGUUGGUACUCCUAUCAAGAUCAGCUCUGGGCCCGUAUUCUCAACCACAAGUAUCUGAAUAAUAUAUGUCAUGGCGGAUCACAAGCCCUGUUUUGGCUUGAUUCUUGGGAUGGCCAUCCCCCUAUUAUUUCUACCUUUCCCCACCUCCAGCAUCUUUGUGAUCCUCUUACUGCAGCUGGCUGGAACAAUGUGGGUCAUUACAAGGAGGCUUUCAACUGUGGUUUGGGGGUGACCUUUCGCUGGAAGCAAUCUUCUCAAUGGCCGCCAGGGGAUUUGGAUGAUGAUAGAGCUGAGUUGUCUCGUAUUUUGGGGUCUCGACAAUGUCCCACUUUGACUGGAAAUGAUAUUCUGGCUUGGGAGAGUAGUGAUUCUUCUGAAAAAUUUGUUGUUUCUACUGGUUAUGGGGAGUUGUUGCGAUAG